AGCCAAAUUAUUAUUAGUCCCCAAAAAAGAACAUAAAAAUCAGAGAAUCAGGAAAAAGAAAGAGGAAGGAAAGAAAAUGGGGAAAUCAACUCCUGUGAAACAAGCGGCGGUGGUUUUGGGGGCGCUAGCUUUCGGGUGGAUGGCUAUUGAGAUGGCGUUUAAACCUUUACUGGACAAGGCUCGCUCCGCCAUGGACAACUCCGACCCUGAUCGGGAUCCCGACGACAUCGACUCCGACGUUAAAACGAAGGACGUUGUGGAGGGAAACAAGGGUUCUCCCGAUCGGAAGCCUAUCUCUUACGCUGAUGCCGUCGCCAAGAACACAGCGGGUGCAAGUUAGGGACGAGAUUCUUGUGUUUGGUCCAUUCCAAGUAAUCAUGAAAGUAGGGUUCCUUUUUAUGAUAAAUGGAAUUAUGGUGUUAUCUUAUUUUAGAUUUCUUGCUGCUGCUUUUCUAGGUUAGCUCUAAGAAUUAAUGUUGAGAGAAGAGUUAAUUGGUGCUAUUUUUCUGUUUCUGCAUUAUUAUGAUUAUUAGAUAAAGAGAGAACCGAGUUUCCUACUUUGGCUUUUGUGAUUGAGAAAUGAAAAUGGUGUCCUUUUCUGGAAACAA